CCGCGGCGCCGCAGUGGUUUCCGGAGUAAGAUGGCGGCGGCGCGCGUGCUGAGGACCGGGAGCCAGAGCGCCCGGAGGCUGGUUUGCGUUCGCUACUUCCAAACGUGCGGUAACGUUCAUGCUUUGAAGCCAAAAUAUGUGCGUGUCUUCAGUCGUCCUUCCUUCAGGUAUAGUCACCCGCAUCGGCUGCUGAAAACAACCGCGGGUCAACAGGGACAGAUUGUUCAGUUCAAACUCUCAGACAUCGGAGAAGGCAUCAGAGAAGUAACUGUUAAAGAAUGGUAUGUGAAAGAAGGAGAUACAGUGUCUCAGUUUGAUAGCAUCUGUGAAGUUCAAAGUGAUAAAGCUUCUGUAACUAUCACCAGUCGUUAUGAUGGAGUCAUUAAAAAACUGUACUAUAAUAUAGAGGAUACUGCCUAUGUGGGGAAGCCAUUAGUAGACAUAGAAACGGAAGCUUUGAAAGAUUCAGAGGAAGACGUGGUUGAGACUCCCGCUGUGUCCCACGACGAACACACUCACCAAGAGAUCAAAGGCCAGAAGACCCUGGCCACCCCCGCAGUGCGCCGCCUGGCCAUGGAAAACAACAUUAAGCUGAGUGAAGUUGUUGGCUCGGGAAAAGAUGGCAGAAUACUUAAAGAAGAUAUUCUCAACUUUUUGGAAAAGCAGACAGGAGCUAUAUUACCUCCUUCACCAAAAGUCGAAAUUAUGCCACCUCCACCAAAACCAAAAGACAGAACUGUUCCUGCACCAGUAGGAAGGCCUGUGGUAUUCACAGGCAAAGACAGGACAGAACCCUUAACAGGCUUUCAGAAGGCAAUGGUCAAGACCAUGACUGCAGCCCUGAAGAUCCCCCACUUUGGGUACUGUGAUGAGAUUGACCUCACCGAGCUGGUGAGGCUGCGGGAAGAGCUGAAGCCCAUCGCUGCUGCCCGCGGAGUCAGACUCUCCUUCAUGCCUUUCUUCAUCAAGGCCGCUUCCUUGGGAUUGCUGCAGUUUCCCAUCCUCAACGCCUCGGUGGAUGAGAACUGCCAGAAGGUCACAUACAAGGCGUCGCACAACAUCGGGGUCGCCAUGGACACGGAGCAGGGGCUGAUCGUGCCCAACGUGAAGGACGUGCAGGCGCGCUCGGUGCUGGAGGUGGCGGCGGAGCUGAACCGGCUGCAGCAGCUGGGCGCGGGGGGCCAGCUGGGCACGGCGGAGCUGGCGGGGGGCACCUUCACGCUCUCCAACAUCGGCUCGAUCGGAGGCACCUACGCCAAAGCCGUGAUUCUGCCGCCUGAAGUAGCCAUUGGGGCCCUGGGAUCCAUUAAGGCCCUUCCUCGAUUCAACCAGAAAGGGGAGAUAUACAAGGCGCAGAUCAUGAACGUGAGCUGGUCAGCUGAUCACAGGAUCAUUGAUGGCGCCACGGUGUCGCGCUUCUCCAAUCUGUGGAAGUCCUACUUGGAAAACCCAGCUUUCAUGCUGCUAGAUCUGAAAUGAAGACUGUGACGUUCCCGAACUGUUUGAGCUUCCAAAGAAAACGUAGUACCUAGCUGUGCUCGCACAUGUGAUGAUUGGUAUCAUAAGUAUUUGUGUUGGGUGAUUAAAGUUCUCAGGCACCACGUUGAUCACGGUUCUGAUGCCCUCUCUAAGAAACUGAGUAGCCGGGUACUAGUUCUCCGAGGCUGUCUCAUUCUAUAGGUCAUGGUGGUGUUUCUUAAUCUUGUCCUGAGGCCUCUGUGUCGACAGAUUGAAACCGCCAAGAACAAGAAAAUGCGUGUUACUAAAAGACAGGUAGCCAUACACAGGAUUUGCCCUAUUUCUUUCUUUUUCGUAUCUUAAACUGACUUAAUAAAACUCUUCGAUUACACUAAGCUGGGAGAAGUUACUAUAUUCAAGAAUAGUUUCCAUUUUCCCACAAUAAUGCCAAUUGUAGUAUAAACUAAGUGCAAUUAUACUUAGGACUUAAGAUACCCAGGGGUAUGUUACUCUGCAGAGGUCAUCAGCUGUAAAUGCCUUAUUUAUGUAAAUUAAUCUCUUUUAAAAAGGGG